ACUGAGGGGACGUUUGGUGUGGCAACAACACCUGCUGGUGAGGCUGCCAGGCAGACUGUGAGCCUGGCUGUCAGAACGUUGCGAGGCGGACGGGUGAGCACACAUUACAAGGGCUCUCGAUGUUGUGGUACCGGUGUUUCUCGUGAUAAUUCAUGUUUCUUAAGAAAGUUAAAUUUGUACAGCGUUCCGGAAAUCACCUGUGAGAAGAGAGUGAUAGUUGUGUCAGGUGGUAUACGUAGCGUGUGAUGCAGGACGUUGUUAUUGACCGAGAGUCCGACCACACGAUUUGUUACCAGUCAUUCACCUCCGAACGCCAGCAACCACGACUCAGCUCUUCCUCUUCCACUUGAAAACACUCCCAAACUACCAGGAAUACCUAAACCAUCAGCGUCAGUAACUAAACACGAAAAGAAUUUUGAUACAAAGUGUGCAGGAGACAGCUGGAUAAACAAGAGGUGGUGUGGCGGUGCGUGAUCAGUAAGAUCGGCUAAAGGAGAAAGUAUAAAAAUAAGAUAAUCUCUAAAGGUGUGAGGUAAGGGAGAGAAGGACGAUGAUGCCUAUGAAGCCAGUGACAGUGUUGUUGAGUGUGGGCGCCAUCCUAGUGACUUUGUGUGCAGUCUUCAUCGGCGUCUUCCCGGUCAUCUUCAACUCUAUCGUCAGCAAGAUGUUGGUGGUGUCGCCGAGCAGUAAGACCUUCGAUUCCUUCAUCACCCCGCCCGUGCCUGUCUACAUGCAGAUAUGGCUCUUCAACGUUACCAAUCCGGACGAUAUUCGCUACCACGGUGCCAAGCCCAUCAUUAAAGAGGUCGGCCCCUUCACCUAUAUGGAAGUGAGGAAGAAGUUCGACUUUGUAUGGGAUCAUGACAGAGGGACGGUCACCUAUCGGCAGAACAUCUCUUAUUAUUUCGACGAGGAGAUGUCUUAUGGUCACAAGGAGAGCGACAACAUCACUACCAUUAAUGCCAUCAUGGUUACUAUAGCAGCAAAGGUUGACAAGUUGGGGCCAGCAAUACAACUAGCGGUGGAACUGGGGUUUAUGAGGUUCAAGGAGUCGCUCUUCAUCACGCGGACCGUAGGCGAACUGCUCUUCCACGGCUACGAGGAACCUCUCCUCAAUAAGCUCACCCAGUACCUUGGUGACCCGACCAAUUCCAACGGCAGAUUUGGCUUCUUAUAUCCAGUGAGUUAAGGAGAGUUGUGAAAGGCGUCGACAGUAUAACAGCCUGCAUUAUUAACUUGCUAAACCUUUGCAUCACACACACAUGACCUUUAGUUGUUACUGUAUUGAUUUAUUGUUGUGAAUUUUUCUUUUAUGCACCAUCAUUUAUUUGACGUUUGUAAUUAUGUCUCGUGCGGUGCGGCCACUGUAGUAAACCGUGGGAAUGGUUAAUAAACUAAUAAUAAAAACAAACACAUGAAUAACAUCAACUUCUU